AUGGCUGCUGCCAAGUGGCUGCUGGAAGCGCAGGCCGUACUUAUUUGCUGCGGAUCUGGGAGCGAAGCGGCGCCCUUCUACGAAGGUGGGCAGCUGUAUUCCAAUGAGGAGCACUUCAAGGCCCACUAUCCCAGCAUGCAACAGAAGGGCUUCAAAACUGCGUCUGACUGCAUCGAUCUCGUGGACAGCCGGCUCUCCUCCCAGGAAAAGUGGGCCUUCUGGGCAGAGCACAUGCAGAAGACUCGCAAACUGCCGCUGGAUGAAGCCACCGUGGAGCGGCUAGGCGUUGCUGUUGGCGAGAAGGACUACUUCGUCUAUACCUGCAAUGCUGACUCCUACUUCGAGCGCGCUGGCUUCGACCGGCGCCGGAUUUACACCCCGGCGGGCAGCUGGAGGUACUAUCAGUGCGCCCAGCCCUGCUCCAAUGAAGCCGUUUUCGAAGCAACGGAGAGCUGGCUGGCAGAGAAUGGGAACGGCACAUCGACACCGCGCUGCCCUCUCUGUGGGGGGGAAUGCAUCCCCAACGUGAGACUGAGCGAGGCCUUCAACCACGGCCAGUAUACCCGAGGGCUGCAGGACCUCAUUCAGUGGAUCCAGAGAUGCGCCGAGUCUCAACUGAAGCUGGUAGUCCUGGAGCUGGACUCUUCGUUCAAGACGAAUCGGCUUGCCUCCUUUCCGAUGGAGUCCAUCACUGCGGACAUACCUGGCUCGUCGCUCAUUCGCUUCAGUCCCGAGAAAUAUCCUUUCGUGCCGGCGGUGCUGCAACGAGCUGUCGGCCUUCCAACAGACACUUUCACCGAGCUUCCUGAUCUGCUGGACAAGAUGCUCAGUGCAGACGGCCGCCAGCGUGCCGCUGCUGCAGAGAAGCGGCUCGAGCAAGGCGCGUCGACGCGCCGGACGCAGAGGCUGGAGAAAUCCAAGUCCGCCGAGCCCAUACAUUGGCGAAGAAUCCUCGAGCACCUGGGUGAGGGACUCUUCAACUGCGCCUACGAACGCGCCAUGUAG